AUGGCUGUUGUGAUCAAAAAUGGCGAUAAUCAUGGAAAUAAUGAUAGAAACGAAAGAAAACUACAACGACGCCAUACUUGGUCUUGUAAAAAGGCAUGGCUAGGGUUGAAUAACGCUUUAGGUAGCCGGCGUUUAUCAGGCGCUAAAAAACGACCAAAUCGGGCAGGACCUGAUACUUGGGAUGAAGAAGAUGAGGAACAGAUGCAUACUAUUCAAGAUUUAGUUAAAUGCAUCUGUGAUAAUAACGAGGCUGAACUUAGAGAAAUACUGAAAGCAGAUGACGUUGAUAUCAACCAACAAUAUUUCGGUCAGUUAACUCCUCUUGAUAUUGCUAUCAUGUUAAAUAAUCAGACAAUGAUACAAUUAUUGGUAUUGAAUGCUGCAGAAGAGAACAAAGCUCUUGUGAAAGAUCCCUAUGCAAGAUUAAAACAGCUGAAACAAUUGGAUGGUGAAAUUAGCAGCAAAUUAAAGGAAAUAUCUGCCCAUAAUGUCGAAGGUGCUGAAAAUUUAACCAAGGAUGGUAACGAUAAGCUUUUAGAUGCUAAAGGGUGGAAACUAAAAAAAGAAUUAGUUACUAAAAUGAUACAAUCUAUUGAUUGUGCAAAUCUUCCUGAGCCACCAAUGGAGGUUUUGCUAAAAACUAGAUCAUCUACAACCAUUAUAAUUAAAUACGUCCCUUCAUCAGUCGAUAAUGGUUCAAUGAUAACAAAUUACAAAAUUGAAUGGAGUCGUAAUUCCUCGUUUGUUCCAAUUAGUGGUGAGAAAAUAAUUGCUUAUAAUGAGAAGCCAGAGCAUCAUUUAAUGAAUAAACAUCCAUGUUAUGUACGGGUGUCUGCCUAUAAUAUGAGCGGCUAUGGACAACCUAAGUUAUCUAAUCCGGAGUUCAUAUCUUCCAAAAACUGGUACAAUUACAGUGAAAGCUAUCAGACUAGGAAAUCUGCUUGCGUAAAAUCCUUGCAAAAUAUUGUCGCCGAGGAUAUUUGUAGAAUAGAAAGUGCUCUUAAAGAUAACAUUAGAGCAAACGAAGUCAACGAGCCAGUACGAUACGCGAGACGUCGAUCAAGCACUUUACAGAAAUUUUUUUUGCCAUCUUUGAAACUUUCCAAGCACUUAAAACGAGCUAUUUAUUUGAGUGUUUUAUUCUACACGCCAAAUGGAAAAAUCUUAGUUUCCGCGGAUGACCUUAUCAUACCUGUUAUUGAAAUUGAUGACAGCUGCUUUAAUAUUACUCAACAAGAAAUGGCUUGGUUUAGCAAGUUGACAUUUGCAUGGGAUAAAGCUCGAAAGAUGCUAGAAAAUAUGGAUUACUGUAUGUCCACUACAAGUAAUUUAAUAAGGAAAAAAAUUUUACAGUCCGUUACAGCUUAUCAGCAAGCCUUCUGCAUCAGUGAUUUAGGAAAAUUGUAUCACGAGCCUAUUCGUGGUGGGCAAAAAUCCGUAAUUUUCUGUUUGAUUAAUGAAAUUGAGAGUCCCAAUGCACUCCAUACAGGAAUGUCGUUUAAAUGGAUUUCUACUAAUAAAAUAGGACGUAGAUUGACGAGUUCUUCAUUAGAUCAGACAAACGUUAGCGAAGUAUUAAUGACAAGAACAAAUGAGUUGAUAGAAUAUCACGCCAAAUCUUGCGUUACUUUUUCGAGGGGAUUAUACUUGGGUUAUGUGAAGUUACGUUGCACAAUAAAUGAUAUUGCUGUCAUGACGGAUGCCAGUUCGCCAAAUACUUUACCAUUUGAAAAAAUAAGAGACAAUCCUAUUAUUGGAAGACAAGAGAUUGAAUGGUUACAAAAUGUAGAUGGUAAAAAGGUGAAAGAAACAAAAGUUGCGGACUCUCGAAAUGGUAGCUUGUUAAAUUUUCAAAAAGCAUUGCGUAGUGCCGCUAGAAAAUUACUGUGGCGAUUAGAUCCUGAGGAGGCAAUAACACAAUCAGAAACUAUGUUGGCUAAGAAACAAUAUCAGGAGAUUGUCAACUUAACAGAGUCUUUAGAAGCAAAUUGGAAGGAUAUGCGAUGGAUUGGCGAAACCGCUUGCUAUAUAAGCGGACGGAAUAAAGCUAAACUUUUGUACAGUGUUCCGUUGGCUCGUGUUUUGCAGCCAUAG